GUACUGCUGGGUCAGAGAGCGCGAUGGCCGGGAGGGAGAGGGACCGGGAGCUGCUCCUUGCGGUGGUGGCCGGCGAGCCUGCCGUUCACGACGACGACUCCGAGCCGACCACCCCGGUGAACGUCGGCUCGCCGCCGACCUCGGCGCGCGCGCAGCACCUCCACCACCACCCCACAGGCAUCGAGGCAUUUUCAAGAGUGAUACGGAGCUGGGCAUGGAAGAAGUUUAUGUCUGGAUGCGUCAUCCUGCUUCCGAUCGCCAUCACCUUCUACACGACAUGGUGGUUCAUCCGCUUCGUCGACGGCUUCUUCUCGCCGAUCUACAUCCAUCUCGGGAUUGAUCUCUUUGGUCUCGGGUUUGUCACCUCAAUCACCUUCAUCUUCCUCGUCGGCGUGUUCAUGUCGUCGUGGCUGGGCACCUCCCUUCUCGGUCUUGGUGAGUUCUUCAUCAAAAAGAUGCCGCUGGUGCGCCACAUCUACUCGGCUUCCAAGCAGAUCAGCGCUGCGAUAUCGCCAGACCAGAGCUCGCGGGCCUUCAAGGAGGUGGUAAUCAUACGGCAUCCCAGGAUCGGCGAGUAUGCGCUGGGCUUCAUCACGUCGACGGUGGCGCUGCGCGGCGCGGGCGGACGCGGUGACCAGGAGCUCGCCUGCGUCUACGUGCCGACCAACCACCUCUAUCUCGGCGACAUCUUUCUCAUGAGCCGCUCCGACGUGAUCAUACCGGACCUGUCCGUCCGGGAGGCCAUCGAAAUUGUGCUCUCCGGUGGCAUGUCUGUGCCGAAGAUCAUAUCGGCGGUGGACGGGGUCGUCGGCCUCGGCCACCAUGGCCGUGCAGUGAAUGGCCCCUAAGUCAUUCUUACAAGCAGCCGUGGGAUCCAAGGAUUCUGAUCUUCACAGCUUCGUUCUUGUUUUCAAGGUUCUGAAUGUUUAGAUGGCAGAUUUAGGG